CUUCCUGGAGUACAGGAAGGAGAGGGGGAAGAUGCUGCUGUCCCGCAGGAACCAGCUGCUGCUGGAGUUCAGCUUCUGGAACGAGCCGGUGCCCAGAGACGGACCCAACAUCUACGAGCUGCGCUCCUACCAGCUGAGACCCGGCACCAUGAUUGAAUGGGGCAACUAUUGGGCGAGAGCCAUCAGCUACCGACAGCACAACCGCGAGGCAGUCGGAGGCUUCUUCUCUCAGAUAGGAGACCUCUACAUGGUGCAUCAUCUCUGGGGUGAGAAUGAACACAUGCCACCAGAAACACUUCAUCAAGUCACGGUUACAGACUGUUUCAAAGCAGCUGCGCAUUAAUAAACAGGAAAAUAACAGAAUCGAUGAU